AAACGUUAAUUUGAGAAGACGUGAAGUUGUGCUUUUAACAUAGUAAACCACCAGAGCUACAAUUGUCACUGCGUUGAACUUAAACUAGUUCUUCAAUCAACUGAGUAAUUUACUGUUUGCUGGUGAAUGUGAGGUGCGAUGGCACGCGAGAAAACGUGUUUCGGGUGCAUCAAAGUGUGAAGGCCCACUGAAGUUCGGCUGUAGUGGUGAGUGACGCACUGGUCGUCGCUGGUUGGGUGGUUGAAUGGUGGUCGGUUCGCUCGCUUCGAACCAGUCAGUCAGUGCUCACAACGCUGCUGCUUCACAACAACACAACACAUCACUCUACGAGUCCGGCUAUCCACACGUUGUGGCCGUCCCCGCAAGCGCCAACACCAUUCAAACGAACGAACAGCGAUAGAAAGCCCCCCAAAGCAGAAGGAACUGGUCAGAGCCGAUUUUGCGACGAACGGCGACCAUAAAAAAGGCAUCGAAAAAAUAUAUAGGGAGCGAAGAGACUCGAACUCGCGCUCGCCUUGCUUUCGAUUUCGCGUGAACGUGUGUUUAUUGACUGGUGGUGCACUUGCGCAAUAGGUGUCGCGUCUCGCGCUUGUUUCACAUGUGUUGAUAAAAUUUGAAGCACACACGCACGGGAAAAGAGGAAAAAACGGUGGUGAAGAGAUACAGUGUUAGGGGCUAUUGAGCGAAAAGUGGUGGAUUUUUAUGUGAUUUCGUAGUUGGCCGUGGAAGAAUUCUGUCCCCAAACGCCUGCUGUGGUAGACCUCAGCGAGUUAAAAAGGGCGCUAGCAGGGGAAUAACUUUGCGAAAAGUUUUGUUAGUCGUGGUUCCAAGGUGGUUCAAGGUGUUGCAAUCGGAAAUGGUGAUCAAGUUAGUGCAGAAUCGAUGCAGUUUGGUACAAUUAGUGCGAGAUCCUGUUCUGUGAAAUCAAUUUUCGCUCGCGCAGCAGUGCCCUGUACGGGAAUUUGUCAAAACGGGCUGCUAAACGUCAAAAAAGAAAAGUGAGAAUCGGGGCUAACAAACCUUUGCGCUGACCAUCAUCUCAGAAGUAAAAACGCGUGAGAGCGAAGGAGAGAACCUCCUCGAGUCUCGUCGUCUCGACGGUCGUAUGUGAGAUUAGAGUUGAAUAUUGGUGAAUUCGCCACGCGAGAGCGCGCACGCAGCAGUACAUCGAACAACAGUGAGAGUGUGGUGACCAUCGUCACAGUUUUCGUUUCUAUCGCGUUCCGAGGCCCUCGACGAUAGCUACAAGACCAACAGUGGGCAUAUUCCCCCGGUUUGAAAGAAGAGAAAGUCCCAGUGCCUGCGUUACAGUGGCUCUACAGGAGCAGCAUUCGUCGGUCCAAAACAUAGCGACCCUUCAACCCGCAGAGUGGUUUUAUUUCGCCUCGCACCAGAGUCCCCCAAAAGCCGUCAAAGUGUAUUCCCACGUAGAUUGCCUCCAAAACAUGGCCGCUGACGCCGCGAUGGAUACAACCUGCCCUAGUCCCGAGCUCGGGGAUUCCCGAAAGCGGCCUCUCGACGACGGCACUGAUGAUGGAACUUCUAAACGCUCACACUUCAGCACCAACGCAACCGGAACGACCAACACAACCACCACAACCAAUGGUGGCAGUGUGGCCGGUGUUCCCGGAGGGGACAACUUCCACUUCAAAACACUGGUCCCGUCGGUCGCGGCAGGAGCCAUCAUCGGCAAAGGGGGCGAAACCAUUGCCUCGCUGCAGAAGGAUGCUGGCGCCCGAGUGAAGAUGUCCAAGGCACACGACUUCUAUCCCGGAACAUCCGAACGAGUCUGUCUCAUUAGCGGCACAGUCGAUGGUAUAUUGACUGUGCUCGAUUUUAUCAUUGAUAAGAUUCGCGAGAAGCCCGACAUGACCAAAGCUCUGACGGAUGCGGACGCCAAACAGGCGGCCGACCGUGACAAGCAGGUCAAGGUGCUAGUGCCCAAUUCGACGGCCGGUAUGAUCAUCGGCAAGGCCGGUGCCUACAUCAAACAGAUCAAGGAGGAAUCGGGCUCCUACGUUCAAAUCUCGCAGAAACCGAAAGAGCUCACCCUCCAGGAGAGGUGCAUUACCAUCAUCGGCGAGAAGGAGAACAAUAAGAUCGCAUGCAAGAUGAUCCUGCAGAAGAUUGUCGAAGAUCCCUCAUCUGGCUCAUGCUUGAACGUUUCAUACGCAGACAUCAACGGACCGGUGGCCAAUUUCAACCCCACUGGUUCGCCAUUUGCCGCCUCACAGAAUCCCACUUUCAGCUCCAGUACCGCAUCAUUAAACUCCGCACUGGGCGGCGCACUGCCCGGGGCUUCCGCGGCCGGUUUACUGGUCAACGGCACCGGACUGAAUCUGUCAUUAAAUCUAGGUGCACCUUCACCACCAACUAAUCCUACAGUUACCACACAAUUGCUUGAACAUAUUAAGGGUGCCAUGCGACAGUCAGGUUACUCCGACACGGCUACCACUGAAGUCCACGCAGCUCUGGCAGUCCUCGCCAAGUACGGUGUGCUGGGCAUCGGCGUCGGGUUGCAGAACGGAACACACUCGACUCCACUGAGCUUCCUGAGCGUGCCGGAGCUGCAGCAAACGACGGCAGCAGCCGCCGCAGCCACGGCCGCCUCCGGCGUGUACGGUGCCGUCGGACAGCUGAAUGCGCUAGAUUCGUAUCUGCACGGUGCAGGCACCGCGACACCCCGUACGUCUAUCGAACGCUACGACGCUACCUUUGAUCCCUUCCGGCUUCCGGGCACGCAAGCGGCCACCCCGAUCUCGAUCAACAACAAUGCCUUCGGACUGACCAGUGCAUCAGCGCUGAACGCGGCAGCUGCUGCGCAGUCACUGGGAUCCCUCAGCAAGAGCCCCACGCCAGCCGAGAUGACCACCAGCAAGGAGAAGAACGUCGAGAUUCCCGAAGUGAUCGUCGGGGCUAUCCUAGGUCCUGCCGGACGCAGCCUGGUCGAGAUCCAGCACCUCUCGGGGGCGAACAUCCAGAUCUCCAAGAAGGGCAUCUUUGCGCCGGGCACCCGGAAUCGCAUCGUCACCAUCACCGGUGCCCCCAACGCCAUCAACGUUGCUCACUACCUGAUCGAGCAGCGAAUCCAGGAGGAGGAAACGAAACGGGCCUGCCAAACAACCACGGCGGCAGCGGCGGCCGCAGCCGGAAAGCCUACCGCCGCCACGGUGGCAGCCGUUACGCAGUAAACAAAAGCAUGCACACACACAGUCAGUCACCCAUAAAUAACAACACACACACACACACCAUACAUACAUAGUGCAUGAGAAACAACACGAACCAUUUAACAUUAUAAGGGAACGUGAAAUCUGUGAAGUAGAAUGCAAAAACAAUGAGGAACCUAAAAUGGAAUUUAGGAGCAACGCGAAAGAGAAAGAGGAUAUAAUAAUUAUUAAUUAAAGUAAUUGUUAUUUUAGUAGGUAAUUGAAUAACAGAAAAAAAGUUUUAACUUCAGUUAAUAGACACAGAACUAUAGUGAAAAACAAAAAGUGGGACAACAUUGAAGAGCUUCCCCAUACCCAUGAGGAAGCAGAGAAAAGAAAUAAAUGCAAAAUUAUAUGAUAGAUAAGAGAGAAACCAUAUGAAAUAGUUAAAAGCAAAAAAAAGCGAUGAACAGACAAAAACACAAACACUAAACUAGUAAAAAUAAAACAACAACACAUACACGCGCCAACAAAUUCCCAUACAUACACAGAGACACAUACACACGAAACAGAAUACUUCGACUAGUGAUCGCUGUGUUACCAUAAUCGUACUAAACCGUAUUGUUUUGUUUCCAUUUCCAAAGCAACAACCUCACCUUAUGUGAUUGUGAAAUGGGUGGUUGGAGCACUUUUAACGCAGGCACAGAGUUAUUAUUUCUUGUCUCAGUCUAGUUUUUUCAUAUUUCUUAUUUUUUGUAACGUUCGUGUAUAGUUUAAGAGCAAAGAUGUUUUUAAGUUUUUUUUUCUUUAUAUAUUCAUAUUUUAUAUACAUAGAUUUUUUUGGUUCUUCUGAAAAAAAAACGAAAAAGAUGAGAAACGACAGGCCAGGCCUAAAGAUUUGUUUUAGCUGUUAGCAGAGGAAAAAAGGGAAAAGAAUGGUGAACAGAAAUGUUUCGGAAGAUAGCAUAGCAGACGAUUGAUUUCUGGGUGUCAACUCUCUUGCGGGUAGGACUAAUGUUUAAAGAUUUAUAUAAACAACACGAAAGCUAAACGCGUGCGCACCUAUAUAACGUAUGUAUGUGUACAUUUUCUGUAUGUAUUAGAAGAACGGCGAGAAACACUAUUAGUUUUGUUCGUUUCUGUUUUGCCAUUUGUUACGUCUACACUCAUAAAGAAACACACGAAGAAGCGGUUGAAAUUCAACGUUGUUAGAAGGGUAGGAGUAGUGAAGAAAUUUAUUCACUGUUGAAUGUUAGACAAAUACAUGCAUACAUACAUUAUUCACACAAACACACGCACGUCGUACAGCCGGAUAAAGAUUACCAAUAGCAACGCGCGGGGUAGUGCAUAUAUAACUAAUAUUAUACAACUGGGGUGAGAGAACGAAACCGAUGGAAAUACUACUGUGUAUGUUGCAAACAAAGUCAUAAAUAGAAGAGUAGGAAAUUAUUUAGGUAAUCGCAAGAAGAAGAAAGAGAAUCAAGUUUAACCAUUUUUUAACUAGUUAGCUGUUAGAGCUUAAUUUAGCUCCGUGGUAUUUUUGCGGAAAAGAAUUUUAAAUUCUUCCUUCUCUUAAUCUUUCCUUAACAAAUAUACACAUUUUUGGCAACGAGUCAAUUAUUAUUACCAUUUGUUUAUGUUGUUUUCUACUCUAUUAUAUUAAUCCACUAUUAGGAACGGGAAGGAACUUUUCAAAUAAUAAAUGAAAACAGGCGCGGUCAUGUGAAAAAGGUAUUGUAAUUUCCAUUUUUUUGUUUUACUUGUCGCAAUUUUACCAUAGUAACGGGCACACGGCACAGGCUCAUCUAGAUCGCAGUAGGCAUGUCAGCAGUUGCUGUCGUUGUGCUCUUCGGCUAUCAAUUUGAAGUCAGAAAAGCGCUUAAAGUUGUUUUCCAGUUGUUAGCUCAACAGUUCAGAUGCAAUCUGUUAAUGUUAAAACCAAAAAGACGUUUUCUCCUUUUAACUUGAAACACACACGUUACUAUUCCUAGUUUACGACUACAUACGCGCAUUCAUAAUCACAAACCCAUACAUACAUACGCAUAACCAUAAUAUUGUUUGUAUGGAGAAACAGAAACACCACACAACGCAGUGUCAUCACACAGUCAUGCAGAAGCUGCAAACAAAACUUUGUUUCCAAGGUUGAUCAAUCAGUAAUUCGUUCAAAUGCAUAAAUUCGUGUUAUUUAUAACCUUUCUACAUCACCAUAUGAACGAAAGCAAACGCUCACACAUACAUUGAACAUUCUUUUCCUGUUAUUUUUUUAUAAUUUGUUUUCCUGUUGAUUCAGUUGAAAAAAAAAAAGAACACACACAUACAAACAAGCAUCUACACAGCAGAUAUAUUUAUAGCCAAUUUAUCUUUUAAUUAAACCAGAAGAAACUCUAGUUUUAGUUAGCGUGCAGACGUGAAAAAAAAGUUACAAGUUUGAACAAUUAAGAAAAACCAUUAGUGAUAUGUAGGAAACAAAAAUUACUAAAUCAAAAAAAAACAACUAAAAUGGGGUCGAGUGCAGCGAGACUUCCCCGGUUCUACAUUCUACCAUUUUAUAAUGAUUAACCGUACGUUUAGGAAGCGAGCAAAAAGCCAGAGAGUAAGCAAACUUCAAACAAAUUUGUUUUCUUCGUUUCGUUUAGCGCGAACCAGAAUGUGAAUGUAGGAGACACACACACAGUAAAUAAAAAUGGAAAAUAACGGGAUUAAACUGAAUGAAAAACCAAA